AUGGAAAACACUGAUUGGAAGGAACUUCUUCGUCUGGCCAGCGUGUUCGAUUUUACAAAGCAGGUCGAUGCAAUUAUUGUCGGAAGCGAGUCUGUCUACCGCAAGGAGCAGACCGCCGAGCAGCUCGCUGCCAAGGUACGCGAGGUCAAGGCAGAUCUGGCCAAGAUCGGCCUGCAGGGCAUUCCGGUUACUACAUCGGAGACUUGGCCCACAUACCACCAGCCGCUGAUUGAUGCCGUCGAUUUUGUCAAUAUGCAUGGAUUCCCCUUCUGGGAGGGCGUGACCAUCGACGACGCAAAUGACAAGAUCUUCCAGCACAUCUACAGCCUCCAGGCGGCUGCGAAGGGAAAGAAGGUUGUUGUUGGCGAGACCGGCUGGCCGUCGGACGGCGACAACUAUGGCCCGGCCGUCACAGGCGUUGGUAACGCGCAGAGAUACAUGCAGGACUUUAUCUGCCGUGCCAACAAGGAGAACAUUGAAUACUACUGGUUCGGCGCGUUCGACCAGAGCUGGGCGUCGACCAACAAUGCGUCCAACGUGGAGGCCCAUUGGGGAAUUAUGCUCAACGACUAUGUGACGCCAAAGUUCCAGCAGCCCUUCUACACGUGCGACGCAGACAGCUCAUUGCCAGAAUCAUCCGAAUCACCUGAGGAAACUUUUUUGUCGUCGCCACCAGCAUCGUUUGAAACACCCGUGGAGACUCCGUCAUCCGGCGGCAGUGAUUCCACGCCUGGAAGUGCUUUCCCCAAGUGCCGCAGCCGCUAA